AAUCAUUGAUCGACGCCUGAUAUCUUUAAAAUCUCACUGAGGGCGGUUUAAUAAUUGGCUUAUCAAGAACCUCGCAUCUCAGCCUUCCUGGCCUAAUCAUGACUAACGAUAACCCAUCACCAAGUUAAACUUUCGUCACGACCUUGAUCAAACACUUUCAUCCUUCAUUGUUUCUCGCUCUCUAUCGGUCUCAGAAUGUCUUUUUCCGCAGACGGCGAUGGUCGUCUCGACCUCAAACGCCGCGUCCAAGACAUGGACAAUGAUAACUGGAAAGAAGGCCAUACACGAGUGGCAGGACAGAAGCACUUCAGGUCUACAGCCAACGUUCGAGUCGUGGAACGCCUCAAGCACAUAACAUGGGCAUGGUUCACAUUUGUCAUGAGCACAGGCGGUAUUGCGCUACUGCUACAUUCAACACCACAUCAGUUUCGAGGUCUGCAGGUUAUCGGCAAGAUCUACUUUAUCCUUACGUUGGUCCUUUUUGUAACUAUCGUAUCCGGUCUUGUAUUUCGCUUCAUGAAGACGGCAAAUGCGCUGAGGAAUAGCUUAAUGCAUCCCACUGAGAGCCUUUUCUUCCCGUGCUCUCUACUCAGCGUCGCUACUAUCAUUGCGAAUGCAACUGUAUAUGGAAUUCCCGCUACUGGGCCGUGGCUAGCUACUGCGUUGCGAGUGUGUUUUUGGUUGUAUGCUGGUCUUUCGAUCUUAUCAGCAAUAGUCCAGUUCUACGUCCUAUUUACCGGAGCUCAUUUGCCUAUUCAUUCCAUGACACCAGCAUGGAUUCUACCAGUAUUCCCAGCAAUGCUCACUGGGACUCUCGCUUCUGCCCUCAUGUCCUCUCAGAGCCCGGAACAUCGGAUGUCAAUGCUAGUAGCUGGUCUGACUUUCCAGGGUCUUGGGUGGACCGUAUCUUUGUUUAUGUAUCCGUUGUAUUUGGGCAGGUUGAUGCAGGAUGGUCUUCCAGCACCAGCAAUGCGACCUGGCAUGUUCAUCGCUGUAGGCCCAGCAGGAUACACAGCUGUGGCCAUCAUUGGUAUGUCGAGAUCACUUCCUGAAGGCUAUGGCUACUUUGCGACAUACCCAAUGGCGAACGAAAUCCUUCGAGUGCUGGCACUCUGGACUGGCGUAUGGAUCUGGUGUGUCGGCUUCUGGUUCCUUGGAUUCAGCCUCUUCGCCGUCCUCACCUCUGCAUUGAGAUGGAAAUUAAAGUUCAGCAUGAGUUGGUGGGCUUUUGUCUUCCCGAAUAUUGGCUUCACACUAGCUACGGCGUACAUUGGUGAGGAAUUGCAGAGUGAAGGGAUUAAGUGGGUGUCAAGUGCAAUGACAAUCUUGCUCGUGAUCAUGUGGUUCGUUGUUUUAUAUGGAAUGAUCUCGGCGGUGAUUCGCAGGAAGCUUCUAUGGCCUGGACGGGAUGGCGAUGAAUCCUAAUGAAGCUGCUUAAUGAUAGACUAGACAAUUCGAUAGUUGUAGAUCCCAGGUCGAUCCCCCAUACUGAGAAAUUCUUCGUCAUCUGUAAGAGGCGCAAACUUACUAAAAUCCCUAUUCUCAGC